CUACAUAAUACCUCUAUCUCAAUCUGGUAGUUAUUAAAAUUUCCAUACAAACACGAAUCGAAGGUAUCACUUAAAAUCCUGUUUCAGAACAGAAGAGUAAUUUAUACUUAUACAUACCUAUGGAAAGGAGGUUUUGUUUAGAAAUAUCUUUAAUUUGUGACUUGUGAGCAAAGAUGUUUAAAUUUUCAUUAAUAGUUUGUGUCUAUUUGGUGGCUUUAGCAACUUUUGGUAAAGCGGAUAAUGAACAACCAGUUACAUCAAAGGAUCGUUUUAGAUUACAUUCUGGAGAUUUGAUGCCAUAUGUGGGAUUUGGAACAUUUAGAAUUCAAGGAGACGCUCAAAUUAAAGAAGUUCUUGACCACGUCUUGGGAUCAGGUUAUCGUCUUAUCGAUACUGCUCAAGUAUACGGAAACGAAGAGUCCAUAGACAAAGCUUUAAAAGUCCUCUUACCGAAACACAAUCUUACCAGAAAAGAUAUUUUCAUUACAACUAAAUUAGAUUCCACUUAUCUCGGCUCCGACAGCGUAUACAACAGAAUAGAAAACUCAAUUAGAAACUUGGGAAGCGAAUACUUGGACUUACUUUUAAUUCAUUCUCCCGGCUUAAGCAGUAGAAACAGCAAAUCAACUCCUAAGAAUGAUUCAGUUUUAAGGGACGAAACUUGGAAAGUUUUCGUUACGGCCGUGAAACAAGGUUUGGUCAGAAAUAUUGGUGUUUCUAAUUACAAUGUUCGCCAUUUGACCGAGUUGCUUAGAAACGAUCAUGGUAUUAAACCAGCUGUCAACCAAGUUGAAUGGCAUCCAAACAAUCAUCAAGCAGAUCUACUAGAGUUAUGUAGAAAAGAAGGAAUUUUAUUGCAAGCAUACUUUUCUUUAGGGGGUACAGGUAGAAAAGAAGUCCUGCUGAACCGACCUGAGGUUGUUAAAAUUGCUGAAAAAUUGAAGAAAACACCGUCUCAGAUUCUUUUGCGAUGGGCUUUGCAGCAAAAAAUCGGAGUCAUUCCAAAAUCUCUAUCCGAGGCUCAUAUCAGAGACAAUCUAAGUCUGGAUUUCACAAUUCCAGCGGAAGAUAUGAAGACCCUAUCCGGUUUCGAACAAAAUAGAUUAGGGUUUUCCCUCGACAGGUAUCAGUGAGCUGAAUAUAUUACGAAAACCUAUUAUUUUACUUCAUAAGUAUUAAAUAAAUCGAAGCAAUCUU